AUGCUAAGUAUAAUAUAUUUUAUAAGCGUCCAUUUUGUUUUGGGUGAAUCUGCGUAUAUUCUCGGUAUUUUCCCGUCACCACAUAUAAGUCACCAGCUAGUUUUUAGACCGCUGAUGCAUGCAUUAGCUCGAAAUGGACAUGAUGUGGUUGUCAUAACUACAGACCCAGCUUUUCCUAAUGGUGGUGGACUACCUAAUUUAAAAGAAGUCAAUAUUCAUAAUGUAUCUUAUCCAUAUUGGAGAGAACUGAUGCAACAAGCAAGCAAAGAAGGUACGAAUGAUAUAUUUACACAAAUUAAAGCUGGAAGAUUUCUAGUUAAAAACCUAUUUGCAAAACAAGUUAAAAGUGUCGCAGUUCAAAACAUACUAAAGAGUGAUUUCAAAUUCGACUUAGUAAUAGUCGAAGCGUAUUUCAGUCCAGCGCUCGGCUUAGCCGAUCUUUACAAAUGCCCAAUAAUCCUGAUAAGUUCGUUUGGUGCGUCAUAUGGAAAUUACGAAAAAUUCGGGGCUCCAACACAUGCGUUACUUUAUCCAAACCUUUUAAGACAACGACUAAAUAACCUCACAUUGAUUGAAGAAUUGCACGAAUUGUAUGCAGAUAAAAUUUUCCAUAAUAAUGUUGAAACUGACAAAAUUGAGUAUAAUGCUAUGAACAGAGCGUUGUUUCCUGAUGCUCCAGAUUUAUCUGAAGUGGAAAAUAAUAUUCAAAUGUUAUUUAUAAACACUCAUCCGGAGUUACAAUCAUACCUGGAUUCUAAAAAUGCCGUAAUAUAUGUUAGCUUCGGAACGAGUGUGAACACUAAAUUGAUAUCACCUUUCAUAGUCCAGAUGUUUGUGAACGUGUUCUCCAAAUUGCCAUAUGAAAUAUUAUGGAAAUGGGAUGACGACGUCUUGCAAGGAAUAACAGACAAUAUUAAAAUUGCAAAAUGGUGGCCUCAGGCGGAAAUUUUAAGAGGUUUGUCAUCCUCAUUCGAAUCUAUAUCAGCUGGAGUACCCCUGAUUGGUAUACCGAUGCUUUUUGACCAAUGGUACAACGUGGAAAAUUAUGAAUACUAUGGUAUUGGUAUGAAACUUGAUUUGACAACUCUCUCUGAAGAAAAACUGGGAAAAGCAGUUGAAACGGUUAUAGCAAAUGAAAGAAGUGUAAUAGCAGACCAGCCCGAGAGCGGGCUGGAGCGCGCCGUGUGGUGGACGGAGUACGUGCUGCGGCACGGAGGGGCGAAGCACCUGCGGUCCCCCGCCGCCAACAUACCCUGGACUGAGUACUACGAGAUUAAUUUAGUGUUGAUGGUACUAAGUUUUAUCUUGAUGUUAAUAUACUUGUUAAUACAAAUGAUUAAGUAUAUAUUAUAGUUAUUUAGACUUGUUAAAAGGGAAUUGAAGUUACAUUAA